CAGCAGCAGCAGCAGCCAGCAGCAGCGCGCACCGCCGCGCAGGCCCACGCAGGACUUCUCGAACCCGCCGGAGAUGUCGAGGGGGCCCUCAGAAAAACCUCCAGCGCCCCGGGCCUUUCUCCUGCUCCUGCUGCUGCUGCUGCUGCUGCUGCUGCUGCAGCGCAGGGCACGCGCGGGCAGGGGCUCUCCCCUGCAGCGGGCAGCAGGGAGCUGCUCGCAGCUGCAGCCUCGGUCGGCAGCAGCAGCAGCAUCGGAAGCAGCAACAGCAACUUGAGAUUCAGAGACAAAGAGCAGCAGCAGCAGCAACGGCAGCGAGCCCUGCUGCUGCCAAACGCCUCCCAUGACAGCCUCGCAGCAGGAAGGCCCUCUUCGGCCUCCCCCACAGACAGCAGCAGCUACCGGCCCCCGCGCAGCAGCAAAAACCUGCAGCAGCAGCAGCAGCAGCAGGCGCUGCUCCCGGGGGCCUCCGGACUCACCCGACGCCAGUCCCCCGUGGGGCCCCUCUCCCUCGCGGGGGCCUUCGGCAGUUUUGCUGCUGCAGCACACAGCGCCUCAUUGACUCCUGCUGCUUCCCCGAGGCAGAAGCCGCAGCUGCUGCUGCAGCAGCUGCAGCAGCAGCAGCAGCAGAUGCAGCAGCAGCAACAACAAUUUCAACAGCAACUCUCACAAACACAACAGCAGAAACACUGGAAGCAACUCCAGCAGCAACAACAACAGCAACAACAGCAACAGCAACAGCAACAGCAGCAGCAGCAGCAGCAGCAAAGGCAAACCGCCCCAGAGGCCUACCAUGGGGCUUCCCCACCACUGUUUCCCUACAACGAGCAGCAGGAGGCAGCAGCGAGCAGCAGCAGCAGCAGCAGGAACAGCAGGAGCAACAGCAACUGCAUCCGCAACAGCAGCAGACGAGGCUUGCGCGUGCCGGCGCAGAGGCAGCGACAGCACCAUCCACUGCAGCAGCAGUCGCAGCAGCAGCUGCAGCAGCAACAGCAGCCUCGGCAGCAACAGCAAACGCAGAGGACGAGCGCAACGCUGUAG